AUGACCGCAGCGAAAGCUUCGACAGGGGGUAACGCGGAACCAGCCCGGGACAGCAGUAAGAAGACUGCUCACCUACCUGCUGGUGCUACAUGUCAGUCCCUGCACAACUGCAGAGAUUUUUCCUUGAGCGUCUUUGACACCGUCGCCACUGUGGGGACAGGGACGUUUGGUCGAGUGGUGCUGGUUCGGGAUAAGAGAACGAGGACUUUUUUCGCUCUGAAGUCCAUGAAGAUUGUCGACGUGAUUCGGUUAAAGCAGCAGCAGCAUGUUCACAAUGAGAAGGAAGUUCUGACAGAGGUCAACCAUCCUUUCCUCGUCAGACUAUACUGGACCCAUCAUGAUGAGAGGUGUCUGUAUAUGCUGAUGGAGUAUAUGCCUGGGGGAGAACUCUUCAGCUACCUGCGUAACCGGGGGAAGUUCAGCAACGACACGGGACUCUUCUACACCGCCGAGAUAGUGUGUGCUCUGGAGUACCUCCACUCCAGAGAUAUUGUAUACAGAGACUUAAAACCCGAAAACAUACUGCUGGACUGCGAGGGGCACAUUAAGCUCACAGACUUUGGCUUUGCCAAAAAGCUUGUGGACAGGACCUGGACCCUGUGUGGGACCCCAGAGUAUCUGGCUCCAGAGGUCAUCCAGGGCAAAGGUCAUGGCCUGGCGGUGGAUUGGUGGGCUUUAGGGGUGCUCAUCUUCGAGAUGCUGUCUGGGUACCCACCAUUUUUCGAUGACAACCCUUUAGGAAUCUACCAGAAGGUUCUUUCUGCCAAGCUUGAAUGUCCUCGCCAUCUGGACUUCUAUGUCAAAGACCUCAUUAAGAAGCUGCUUGUGGUGGACAAAGGGAAGAGGCUGGGUAGUCUCAAAAAUGGAGCGGAGGAUGUGAAGAAACACAGGUGGUUCAGACUAAUAGACUGGGAUGCAGUUCCUCACAGGAAACUGAAGCCACCCAUAAUUCCUAAAGUAGCACACGAGGGAGACUCAUCAAACUUCGACACCUACCCAGAGGAGAAGAGGAAGAAGGAGCCGUCUGUUUCUCCCAAGGACUUGGAAAUGUUUAAAAAUUUCUGA